UUGCCGGAACAAUUCGGACCGGACAGAAAAAGUGCCCCCACAGUCGCUCCUAAUGCUUCGGGUGGGACAACGGGAAUGCCUUUGAUACACGUGACCAUUCCAUCCACGGUGAGGGAAGUGGACGAGGUGGGGAAGUCCAAAAAGCUCUUUCGAGUUGAAGUGCUGUUCAACGAGAGGAAACAUUUUGUGCUGAGGAGGAGCAGCGAAUUCCAGAUGCUGCACAGAAAACUCAGGAAGAUCAUCCAGAUCCCAGAUUUCCCCAGUAAAAGGAAUCCUCAUCUGAGGACCAAACCUCUGGAGCAGAGGAGGCAGGAGCUGGAGGAUUACAUCCAGGAGAUCGUCUGUCUCAAUGAGGAUGUGCCUCAGGAGCUGCUGGACUUCCUCCAUGUCAAACAUUACCACACAGGCAACAAGAUCAGCAGCAUGGAAUCACUCGAUGACCUGGACAAUCCGGAUUGCAGUUUUCAGCUGCCACAUCAGCAAGUGAUGGGGUUCUCCCGGGAUCCAUAUGUGUCCGACUGCAUAUCAGGUCUGCCUGAUAUUGUCCUUGGGGGAGUCCUUCAGGGCUUCUACCGGCGGGACGUCCGUGUCAGCUUCACAGCUCCCAACAAGUCUGACACAAAAAUCCUCAAAUGAGUGGAAUGAAAUGAAAAGCCCUCGAAAUGCAUUGAAGUGAGAUUUCAGGAGUUUUACCUCAGAAGUGAGCUUUUUGGAGAGUACUAUUCAUUUUUUUUUUUUUUAAACCCUCACCGGGGCCACACGCAUCCGAUCUUGGUAAAGCGUUGCAGCCUCCCUGUGCCUCGUUCGGCAUGGCUUCUCGAUAUGCUGUAGUGCAUCAUAAAUGGUGUAACUAUAAAACACAGGAUUCUUUUGGUUUCGAUUAUUUAUUGGACAUUCUCUGAGAAUGAUUUUUGUUUUUGUCUUGAGUGCUCACAUUUUCUUGAGCGCGUUGUGUCAAAUAGCUGUGCGAAUAAAGAAACAGAUUGUGUUUUGA